AUGGCCAGCCGCGUGCGUUCCAUGGGCGACGCCGAGAAAGCCCUUGACUACUUGGCGGACACGGACGCGGACCAGGAUCGGGCGAGCCGUCCUCCACGCAGCCUUGGGGGCAAGGGGAGCAGAGAUCUCCUCCACUCUGCCUUCUACAUCUACUGCUGCGAUCCAGACUCUUCCGACAGCAGCAGCAAGCUGAGCAGUGACGAUAAGCCAGAGCAGGAGGGAAAGCCUGAUGCAACAGCAGGUGCCGCCGAGCCCAGUGAAAGCAUGUCUGACUAUGUUCCUUCACCUGUUGAGUCCGAGCCUCGUGGCGUGAAGCACGGUUUGGAUGAAGGUGAUGGCGGGGCUGGCGGGGCAUCCGCGACCGCGGCGUCCGCAGCAAUGGCUCCUGAUGAUGAGCGACCCGCCAAGUUGCCCAGAGAAGAGCCUCACAAAUCGUCUCGGAUCAAUGCAGUGCAAGCGGGGCCGCGCAACGAUGAAGAUGUGCGUCCGUGCCUUGAAGAAGCUGAGAUUGAUGACCUUGAAUGGUAUGAUGAGACGCUUUACGAUAGCCAACACAAGCAGAUUGGCUAUGCCAUCCAUCUUGUUCCACAGCACGUGGGUGCAUCUGUUUUGCAUCGUGGCUAUGGCAACGAUGAGUGUCAAGGCCACUUGCUUGAAGCUUUCAGUGAUGCUGACUGGAGCGGUAGUCAGUUCAGCCGCCGGUCAAUGAGUGGAGCUGUGUUCUAUCUUGAUGGAGCGGCAAUCUUCAGCACAUGCAGGGGACAGAAGGUUGUCAGUUUGUCGUCUUGUGAAUCAGAAUGGUAUGCUGCGGUAUCUGCCAGUUGCGAUUUGCUUUUCAUCAAGCAAUGCCUCGAAGCCAUACUUCCCGAUCCAAUCCAGGCCGUGGUGCGUUUGGACAACUCCGCAGCACGCCAAUUGGCCCAUCGUCAGGGCCCUUCCAAUAGGACCCGUCACAUCGAUGCUAGGCUGUUUUGGGUGCAAGAACGUGUUCAAUCAAAAGAGCUGUUGUACCGGCCCGUCUCAGGCUUGUGCAACCCAUCCGACAUAUCCACCAAAGUUCUGUCGGAGAAGCGCUUGAAAGGACUGCUAGGUGCCCAGAACGUCGUUGACAUGAGCAAGAGCAUGGAAUCUGUGGGCGAACAUGAGUGGCAUGAGAUUCUUGAUGAAGUUGCUACGAAUGUGCACUUGAGGAAAGUGAGCAAGCAGUUCCGAUCGAAAUGUGUCAAGAGCAAGGCCUUCGUUCGCAUUGCCGUGAUGUCCCUGAUGCUCGCAGGGUGUGAUGCAGCGGAGGAAAGCAGUUCACCAUGGAUCGUGGUCACUGAUCAUUCGAACAUGUGGAAAUGGUACAUGCUCGUGGCAUUUUGCCUGGGAAUGAUUGCAGUGUGUUUCCAAACUACGAGCCUUGAGCUGUGA